GGGUUCUCUCUUCUGCUACCGCUCUGCUGGGCCUUGCGGCUCUCCAGGGCUUUUUUCCUUCCUCUUUUUUGUCGAGGGCGCAUUUAAUCUCCUUGUAGCUGGAUCCAGGAGGCAGGCCACCCCACCUGGAUAGGCUGAGACGCAGCUCCGAGACAGGACAGAAGUUUGCAGCGCGACCACUGUGUUUUAAAGCCAGAAAAUGGGCUGAUGCAUAGAGAUCUCAGUGGUGGGCAAGCGAGUGGCACUCCGCAGAGCCAGCCCAUGGCCGAUCAGGAGGCACAUCCGUCCGAGAUUCAUGAAAAGCCAGCCGCCCAGAUGAAAGUCUUCAAGUAUCGCCUUUGGGAUGUGGCCCAGAAGUCUCUCUACUUGCGGAACAAUCAGCUGGUCGCUGGCUAUUUGCAAGGCCCCAACUCUGCGCUGGAAGAGAAAAUUUGCUGGGUCCCCAACCGCUCCUUCGAGCGGGAGAAGUUCCCCAUCAUCCUGGGCGUCCAGGACGGGCGCCGCAGCCUGGCGUGUGGGACGGGCACCCUGCCCGCGCUGCAGCUGGAGGACGUGAACAUCACGGCGCUGUCCCGAGGCGGUGAGGAAACCACCCGCUUCACCUUCUUCCGCUCCUACAAGGACGGCAUGUGGCGCUUCGAGUCGGCCGCCAACCCAGGCUGGCUGCUCUGCACCUCAGCCCAGUCCAACGAGCCCCUGGGCCUCACCACCAGCCCGGACGCUGCCCAUAUCGUUGACUUCUACUUCCAGCUGUGCUGAGCCCAGCCACGGGGAGGUGGCCUCCCCCCGGCUGUGUAGGAUGAGACCAGCUGGGUCGGGAAGGGCUGCACCACCUCUCCCUGCCCCAGCUGCAACCUGCCAGGGCGCGGGAGACAGAGCCGUGUCCCUAGGACUCCUGAGUCUCAGCGGGAGGGCACCAGGGCCUGAUCCUGCCAGGAACGGAGCGCCCUCCUGGGGGGGGCAUUUCAGGGCACCCAGCCCCUUGUAGAGCCAGGCCCUGUGCUUCAGCCAAUGUGCCCCAAAGGGGGGCCUGAUCCUGGGGGCCCCUCUCCAGGGCUGUGGAGCCUUUUCCAAAGGGGCCUGCAGGCGUCCAGUGGCAAGAUGGCCCAGUGGUUAGAGCACUAGCUGGGGACUUGGAAAACCCUGCUCUGCCAGACUCCCUUGGGCAGAUCCUGGAGCCGCUCCGUGCCUCAAUUUCCCCCCCUGUACAAUGGGGACACCGGCCCUGCCCCCCGGGGUGUGUGAGGGUAACUCCAUUAGCCACAUGCUCUGGUGCUGGGGGCCAGACAGGGCCCAUGGACAAGAAUCCCAGAGCAUCCGGGUGGCUGGCCGUGGGCCCAACAGAGCCGCAGCAGGAUAUUGCCAUGGCAGCACCGUUCCAGCUGGGCUCCGUGUCUCCUGGCGCUUCUGCUCUGCAUGGCUACGGAAGGGCUGGCUGCCCUCGAAGGGGAUCUGGAUGCGCGCCCUCGCUGUGUGACUAGCUCCUCCCACUGGAGACCUCUGGCCCCAUGGACCCCCCCCCCCAACCCCAGCCUGGCUUUGAAUAAAUGUGGAAAGUAGCUA